CCCGGUGCUCCGCGGCCUGGGCCUCCGCCGCUGCCCCGCCCGCGGCCGCCAUGCCGCACAGCUUCAAGCCCGGGGACUUGGUGUUCGCCAAGAUGAAGGGCUACCCGCACUGGCCGGCCCGGAUCGAUGACAUCGCGGACGGCGCCGUGAAGCCCCCCCCGAACAAGUACCCCAUCUUCUUCUUCGGCACCCACGAGACCGCCUUCUUGGGCCCCAAAGAUCUUUUUCCUUACGAAAAAUAUAAAGACAAAUACGGGAAACCAAACAAGAGGAAAGGAUUCAACGAGGGACUGUGGGAAAUCCAGAACAACCCUCACGCCAGUUACAGUGCCCCUCCGCCUGCCAGCUCCUCUGACAGUGACGUUCCUGAGAAUGACCCAAUGGGGGGAAGCGAGGCAGGGGACGACGAGGAGGACACAGCCAUGGCUGCUGUCACCACAGAGAAGCUGGAAAGUGAUGAGGACUCAGAUCGAGGCAGCAACCACAGUGGGCUGAAAAGAAAAGCCCUGGCUAUGAAAAUGCCAGUGGCAAAACGACCUCGGAAGUCCUCCAGUGAUCUGGACCAGGGCAGCCCCUCACUCACAGAAGAGGAGAACUCAGAAACAUCUUCUGAGUCAGAAAAAAACAGUGACCAGGACUUCACUCCUGAGAAGAAGCCAGUGGCCAGGGCUCCCCGGAGGCUGACAGCAGUGGGGAGGAAGAAGAAGAAGGUGGAGUCAGGCUCUGACUCAGACUCCAAAGUGGAUUCAGAUUCAGAAAUGGGAAACACAACUGUGGACAUGACCAAAUCUGACUCCAACUCGGAUUCAGACUCUGAUGUGUCUGUGAAGAAGGCUCCACGGGGCAGGAAACCAGCUGAGAAACCUCCUCCCAAGCCCCGUGGCAGGAAACCGAAGCCCGAGCGUGUCCCCAGCAGCUCCAGCAGUGACAGUGACAGUGACAGCGACGUGGAUCGGAUCAGCGAGUGGAAGAGGAGGGAUGAGGAACGGCGGCGGGAGCUGGAGGAGAAGAGGAAGAGGGAGCAGGAGGAAGAGAUCCGUCGGCUCCGGGAGCAGGAGAAGGAGGAGAAGGAGAAGAGGAAGGAGAAAGCAGAGAAGGGCGAGGAGAUGCACUCGGACUCAGACAGCAGUGCAGAGGAUGAAGUGCCCAAAAAGGGCAGGAAAGGUCGGGCCAAAACCCCGUCCUCCUCGGAGUCUGAACUGGAGGUGGAGAAAGAGGUAAAGAAGCCAGCAAAGAAGCAGCUCUCAGAGUUGUCAAGGAAACUGAAUCAGAAGGAGAAGAGAGGCCGAGCAGAGGAGAAGCCACGGAACAAACCUCUGAAAGUGGAACGAGGCCGGAAGAAAUCAGACCUGAUCCCUGAAAGGAGGAUGGAAAAGAAAAAAGAGCCCACAGUGGAAGAGAAACUUCAGAAACUUCAUAGUGAGGUCAAGUUUGCCCUGAAGGUUGAUAACCCAGACAUCAAGCGAUGUCUGAACGCUCUGGAGGAGCUGGGCACACUCCAGGUCACCUCUCACAUCCUCCAGAAGCACACUGACGUGGUGGCUACACUGAAAAAGAUCCGUCGCUAUAAAGCCAACAAGGACGUGAUGGAGAAAGCUGCUGAGGUCUACACCCGCUUGAAGUCACGUGUCCUGGGACCAAGGAUGGAGGCCAUCCAGAAAGCCAACAAAACCGGGCCCGAGAAGGAGAAAGGGGAGGUGGAGAAAGGCCAGGAGAAGCUGUCAGGAGGGGAGACACGGAAUGAGAAGGGGGAAGAGGAGAUGAAUGCUGAGUUGUCAGGUCCUGUGAAUGGUGAAUCCCUCUCCCAGAAAGCAGAGGGCACGGAGGAGGACAAAACCCAAGGGCCAGGAGAACCAGAGGCAUCCACUGAGGAGCCCCACAACAACAGUGUGCAGGACUGUCCCAAGGCUGAACGAGCCGGACUGGAGCGGGACCGAGCUCCUGGGGAGUCAGAGGCUGUGGAGGACGUGGAGGAGAGCUGAGCUGAAGGAGCAGCUCCCACCCUGAGGAAGAGGAGGAGAAGGCAGAGGGGCUGCAGGGAGACACCUUGUCCCCUGCUCGAGUCACUUCACUAAGUCACACAGUAGCUGAUGUCUUAGGUCUUGUCCUGUGCCCCCCUCCCUGCCAAGACACCAGCUGGGCUGUGCUGGUUGUCUGUAUUUGUCCCCUCAUUUUAUUUUUUUAUUUCGUUUGGGUUUGUUCUG